AUGAUGCCGACUUUUAGAGAAAAAGUUGGAGGUUUUCUGAGGCAACUAUCUACAGGACAAGAAAGGAAAUCUGAUUAUAAAUCACCGUGUACAUCUCCAACAUCUACGGGAUCUUUCAUUCACAAAUACUUGCUAGGCGAAGUGAAAAGGGAUCAUCCUGAAGUGCUGCAUGGCAAGUCUUGCUAUGAUUUGCCUGUCAAGCAACUUGCUCCAUUAUCAAGGACAGUUCUGUCUGCUUGUACUGGACCUCAAGGUGGUUUAACAACAGUGGAUUUUGGAGAAAAACCAUUUGAGUUUCCUGAUGCUGAUGUUUAUUUUAUUGACGAAGACUAUCGAGAUAGUUGUGAGAAUUUAGUAAAGAAUAAAGAUUUUUCAACAAAGAAGAGACAUUCUGCACCUGAUGAUGAGAUUCUACCUUGGCCUGAUGAAGAGGAAUCAGAGCACAAUAUUGGCAGUUCUGUGGAAGGGAAAAUUGAAAUUGCUGGCAUUACAGAUUGGUUUUCACCUUGUGAAUCAUCCUUUGGAAUUGCUACUACUUUAUAUGAAUGUCAUCCAGUAACCAAAGAAAAUGCAGGCAAUCCGAUUGCAGAUGCUUUUGGAAUUGUCAUGCGAGAAAAUAGUGCUCUUUUAGUCCUAGCUGAUGGUGUUAAUUGGGGAGAAAAGUCAUGCUUAGCUGCUCGUUGUGCGACUCAUGGAUGCAUUAAUUACUUAAAUAAAGUCUUGUAUCGAGAAGGUGCUGGAAAUAUUACCACACAAGACAUAUACAUAAGUCUUCUGAGGUCAUUCAGCGAAGCUCAUAAUCUUAUUCUGCAAGAAAAUGGGACCCUUACUACUUUAUGUGCUGUUGUUGUUGCCCAAUUAAAGAACUCUAAUAAAUUUGUUGCUUGUGCCUGCAAUGUUGGAGACAGCCUUGCCUACAUAUAUAGCCCCAAAUAUGGUGUCAGAGAAAUUACACAAGGAUCUCACGACAUCUAUUCCAUGCGGGACAUGAGAGAUGCCUUGGGGGCUUUGGGUCCUGUUGACGGCAUUAAUCCAGAGCUGAGCAAUUUGACUGUUUCAAUGUCUGAAUUAGAACCUGAUGACAUUGUCUUUCUUGCGAGUGACGGCAUAUCAGAUAACUUCGAUCCAGUUGUGGGUAAGUUUGCAAUUCCAAGAAAAGUUUCUAAAAAGGCUAAAACUCCAACCGAUGGAAACGUGGACAACCCUUCUGCUCCGGAAGACAUUAGGACUCCAACCAGUUUGCAUGUUUUCGAUUACAACCUGCCUGUGGUUGAAGCGCAUCAGAGGCACGAACUGACUCUUCUUCGAAUGGAGGACCUCAUUGUCAAUGGUGUCAAUGAAGGGGAUGGCCCUUGUAGAACUGCAAAGCAGAUUUGUGAACAAAUGAUUGAUUUUGCCGAGAAACUAACGAUAGCUAAGAGACGGAUUUUAGAAGAUCCUGACUUGUACAAGAAUGAUGAUUUAGAAGUUAAUCAAGCUGGUCAGCGCCAGAGACGUCGUAAAGUGGGUGAAAAGUUAGCUAUGGUUCCGGGUAAACUUGAUCAUGCUUCCAUUGUUGCAUAUGCCGUAGGGCUCCGAUUUCAAGAAAAAGUCCCAUUAAUAGCAGAAUGUGAAUCUUAUUCUGAUUUAAAAUGUUGA